AUGUUAAAAAAAAACGAAACAAACGAAUUAAAAGUCGAAAAUUAGAAUUUUAAAUCGCGAUGUGAAAAUCUUACUAGGAAAGUUGAAAAAUACGAAAAAAUAAUUUAAGAUUAUUAGCUGGCUAAUAAUAAUUAUUCCUAAAAUAAUUAAGGAAGUCUUUUUCUUAAUUUAAAGAAAGUUAUUGCGGAAUAAAAGAAUGAAAUUUAAUCAAAAAACAAUGAAUUAUUAGUUGUUAAAAAGGCGAUUAAAUACACACAGUUUUAAGAAUUAAAUAUUGAAAAAAAUGCACUUUUUGAAGAGACUUAAAGAUUGAGAAAAAUGCUUGAAAAGUUUAAAAAAAAUUUAAAAGUAAAUGAGAGUUAAGACUAUAUAAUGGAAAAAGAAUUUGAGGAAAAAUAAAAUGAAUAGGUUGAAAAACAAAUAAAAAAAGAAGAAGAAAGAAAAUAAAAAGAAGAAGAUGAAAAAAAAUAGAAAUAAAAAAUAUAAAAAUAUAAAUAAGAAGAAAAAUUGAAAGAAGAAGAACGAAGAAAAUUAAUAAAAGAUAAUGAAAAAAAAUUGUAAGAAAAAUUAAAAGAAGAAAAAGAAAUAAAAAUAAUUGAAAAAGAAGAAAAAAUAAGAAAAAAAAUUGAAGAAAAAGAAAGAAAAAAAGAAGAAGAAAAUCAAAAAAAAAAAUAAGAAGAAGAAUAUUAAAGAAAAAAACAAAAAGAAGAAUAAAGGAAAAAAUAAGAAUAAGAAGAAUAUCAAAGGUAAAAAUAAAAAGAAGAAGAAUAUCAAAGAAAAAAAUAAGAAGAAGAAGAAGAAGAAUUUUAAAGAAAAAAAUAAGAAGAAUAUUAACGAAAAAAAUAAGAAGAAGAAUAUCAACGAAAAAAAUAAGAAGAAGAAGAAUAUUAAAGAAAAAGAUAAGAAGAAUAUCAACGAAAAAAAUAAGAAGAAGAAUAUCAAAGAAAAAAUAAGAAGAAGAAGAAUAUUAACGAAAAAAAUAAGAAGAAGAAUAUUAAAGAAGAAAAUAAGAAGAAUAUUAACGAAAAAAUAAGAAGAAGAAUAUCAACGAAAAAAAUAAUAAUAAGAAGAAGAAUAUCAACGAAAAAAAUAAGAAGAAGAAUAUUAAAGAAGAAAAUAAGAAGAAUAUUAACGAAAAAAAUAAGAAGAAGAAUAUCAACGAAAAAAAUAAGAAGAAGAAGAAGAAUAUUAAAGAAGAAAAUAAGAAGAAUAUCAACAAAAAAAAUAAGAGGAAGAAUAUCAAAGAAAAAAAUAAGAAGAAGAAAAAGAAUAUCAAAGAAAAAAAUAAGAAGAAGAGGAAUAUCAAAUAUAAAUAUAAGAAGAAGAAGAAUAUUAAAGAAAAAAAUAAGAAUAAGAAAAAGAAUAUCAAAGAAAAAAAUAAGAAGAAGAGGAAUAUCAAAUACAAAUAUAAGAAGAAGAAGAAGAAUAUAAAGAAUAAAAAAUAAGAAGAAGAAGAAUACCAAAGAAAAAUAUAAGAAGAAGAAUAUUAAAGAAAAGAAUAAGAAAAAGAAUAUCAAAGAAAAAAAUAAGAAGAAGAAGAAUAUCAAAUAUAAUUAUAAGAAGAAGAAGAAUAUAAAAGAAUAAAAAAAUAAGAAGAAGAAGAAUACCAAAGAAAAAUAUAAGAAGAAGAAUAUUAAAGAAAAGAAUAAGAAAAAGAAUAUCAAAGAAAAAAAUAAGAAGAAGAAGAAUAUCAAAUAUAAAUAUAAGAAGAAGAAGAAUAUCAAAGAAUAAAAAAAUAAGAAGAAGAAGAAUAUCAAAUAUAAUUAUAAGAAGAAGAAUACCAAAGAAAAAUAUAAGAAGAAGAAUAUUAAAGAAAAGAAUAAGAAGAAGAAUAUCAAAGGAAAAAAUAAGAAGAAGAAGAAUAUCAAAUAUAAAUAUAAGAAGAAGAAGAAUAUCAAAGAAUAAAAUAAGAAGAAGAAGAAUAUCGUAGAUAAAUUUAAGAAGAAGAAGAAUAUCUAAGAAAAAAAAAAUAAGCAGAAGAAGAAGAAUAUUUAGGAAAAAAAUAAGAAGAAGAAGAAUAUCAAAUAAAUAUAUAAGAAGAAGAAAAAGAAUACCAAAGAAUAAAAUAAGAAGAAGAAGAAUAUCGUAGAUAAAUUUAAGAAGAAGAAGAAUAUCUAAGAAAAAAAAAAUAAGAAGAAGAAGAAGAAUAUUUAGGAAAAAAAUAAGAAGAAGAAGAAUAUCAAAUAUAAAUAUAAGAAGAAGAAUAUAAAAGAAAAACCUAAGAAGAAUAUCAACGAAAAAAAUAAGAAGAAGAAUAAUAAUAUCAAAAGAAAAUAUAAGAAGAAGAAUAUCAAAGAAAAAUAAAAUAAAAAGAAGAAGAAUAUCAAAGAAUAAAAGAAGAAGAAGAAGAAUAUAAAAUAUAAAUAUAAGAAGAAGAAAAACAAAAAUAUCAACAAAAAAAAUAAGAAGAAGAAUAUCAAAUAUAAAUAUAAGAAGAAGAAGAAUAUCAAAGAAUAAAAAAAUAGGAAUAAAAAGAAGAAGAAGAAUAAUACCAAAGAAAAAUAUAAGAAGAAGAAUAUUAACGAAAAAAAUAAGAAGAAGAAGAAUAUCAAAGAUAAAUAUAAGAAGAAGAAGAAGAAUGUUAACGUAAAAAAUAAGAAGAAUAUCAAAGAAAAACAUAAGAAGAAUAUCAAAGGAAAAAAUAAGAAGAAGAAGAAUAUCAAAUAUAAAUAUAAGAAGAAGAAGAAUAUCAAAAAAUAGAAUAAGAAGAAGAAGAAUAUCAAAGAUAUAUAUAAGAAGAAGAAGAAGAAUAUCAACUAAAAAAAUAAGAAGAAGAAUAUCAAAGUAAAAAAUAAGAAGAAGAAAAAGAAUAUCAAAGAAAAAAUAAGAUGA